CCUCCCUCGGGCGCUCUCCUCCGCCCCAUAUUAACCGCGGCGUCGGACUGGAUCACCGAAAGUUGGUGAAAUAAAGGUAUCGGGUCCGGGUCGGAAAGGUUUGGUGUGGUUUUUUGGGGGGGGUAGGUUUUUUUUUUAUUGUUAUUAUUAUUUUGUGUGGGUUUUUUUGUUUCUUGCUGUUCCGCCAUGGAGGCUGGCGGGAUUCUCCUCGCUCUGCUGUGCGUCUUGGCUGGAACGGGAGCGCAGCUCAGUCGACCCAAGUUCGCAGAGUGUCCUGUUGACCUGUUCUUCGUGUUGGAUACAUCGGAGAGUGUUGCCCUUCGACAGAAACCCCCCAACUUUUACAUUGACCAAAUCAAAGACUUUACCAAACGCUUCAUAGAUGAACUCAAAGACAUGCGCCACCCAUGCGACCGCUACCUGACUUGGAACUCGGGAGCGUUGCACUACAGUGACGAAGUCAUCCUUGUUCGUGAGCUGACUGACAUCAGUACGGAGCGCCAGGCACUGAAGGACGACAUCGAUACCAUCAAAUACAUUGGCAAGGGCACAUACACAGAUUGUGCCAUUAAGAGAGGCCUUGCUGAGCUGCUUAUAGGGGGUACACACUAUCAUGAGAACAAGUACAUCGUGGUAGUGACUGAUGGCCAUCCCAUCACUGGUUACAAGGAGCCAUGCGGGGGCGUGCAGGAGGCUGCCAACGAAGCCAGACAACAUGGAGUUAAAGUGUUUGCCGUCGCCAUCUCACCUGACCAGGAGGACACAAGGCUUUCAGUUAUUGCUACAGAUCACAACUACAGACAAAACUUCACAGCUGCAGAUGAAUCCAGAUCCACCAAGAUGGGAACUAUUCGCACCAUCAUCGAUAUGAUUACAAACGAGACAAAGGAUGUGUGUUGCUCUUUCGACUGCAAUGCUCCAGGGGGGCCGAAAGGACCAGAUGGAGACACUGGCUCCAAGGGUGAGACAGGUAGACCUGGAAUGCCAGGAGAGAAAGGAGAUAUCGGAGACAUAGGCAGUGUUGGUGACCCUGGUCCCAUUGGCUAUCGUGGGAUGAAGGGAGACCAAGGUGGCAGAGGAGGCAAGGGUGAAAGAGGCCACAAAGGCUACAAGGGAGACAAGGGCCAUAGAGGAACGGAUGGAACUGACGGACGCAAGGGUGAACCUGGUUUCCCUGGUCUUUCCGGCUGCAAAGGCUCUCCCGGAUCUGACGGCCUGCAAGGAGACACAGGUCCAAAAGGAGACUCCGGUCCUUAUGGUCAAAAAGGAGAUAAAGGAGACCCUGGAAGAGACGGUGAACCUGGGAAGUCCGGAAACUUUGGACCCCUGGGAAACAAGGGUGACCGGGGCCCUCGUGGCGGCAACGGGGACAAAGGAGAGCGGGGUGAUGAUGGCACAGCGGGAGCAGAUGGACCUCGGGGAGAAAAAGGGCAAGCUGGAGAGAAAGGGGAGCAAGGUUCCCGUGGAAACCGAGGGCCAAGAGGAGAGCUGGGGGACCCAGGACCCCGAGGAGAGCAGGGAAGGGAGGGCUCAGCUGGCCCCAACGGAGACCCCGGUGAGCCCGGCAGGGCCGGAUCUCCUGGCUACAGAGGAGAUGAAGGACCACCUGGGCCAGAGGGACCCAAAGGGCCACGGGGAAUCAAAGGAGCUGCAGGAGAUAGAGGCCAGAUGGGAGAGAGGGGAGAAGAUGGAGUCCAAGGAAAUGGGACAGCGGGAUGCCAUGGAUUCCAGGGUUACCCUGGACCACGUGGAGACGCUGGCGAACCGGGUGGCAGGGGAACUUCCGGGCCCAAGGGAGACGAUGGAGAGGCCGGGGAUCCAGGCAUUGACAAUGACCUUCCAGGGGAUCCAGGACCAAAGGGGGCCAAAGGUCACAGAGGACCUGAGGGACAACCGGGACCUCGUGGGCCUCCCGGACCACCAGGAACUGAUGAAUGUGAAAUCCUGGAUAUCAUCAUGAAGCUCUGCUCUUGUUGUGAGUGUAAGUGUGGACCUCUGGACCUGGCGUUCAUCGUGGACAGCUCAGAGAGUAUCGGUGCCUCCAACUUUGCUCUGGCCAAAGACUUUAUCAUCACUGUCAUUGACAGACUGAUGAAGGACCAGCAGGUCAAGUUUGGUUUUAAUGAGUCCAGGGUGGGUGUAGUCCAGUACAGUGGUAAACGUGCCCAGGAAGUCGUCCAACUGGGAGACCCUAACAUCCGGAGUCUCACCGAGCUUAAACAGGCGGUGAAAGACCUGCGUUGGUUAGCUGAGGCCACCUACACGGGCGAGGCCUUGCUAUACUCUCUGGACAACAUGAUCAACCGUCUGACACAGGAGAACCGAGUGGUUCUGGUGCUCACCGAUGGCCGCGCCGACAUCUCCAGAGACACGGUACCCCUCAACACGCUGUGUGGAAAAGGCAUCAGGGUGGGUGGUUUGGGAAUCAAGGAUUACUCAGGCCGCGAGCCCAAUAAGGAGCAGCUGGACGAGUUGGUGUGUAUGAGCGACCCCAAAGAAGGCUUUACCUUUGUCCGGGAUAACUUUGCAGAACUGCUGGAUGACACCUUCCUGCAGAACCUCACCGCCAAAAUCUGUCAAGAUAAGAAGUGCCCAGACUACAAAUGUCCGGUCACCUUCAACGACAACACCGACAUCGUGGUGAUGAUGGACAGCUCGGCCAGCGUGGGCCAAAAGAACUUCGAGACCAGCAAGACAUUUGUCCGCCUCCUGGCUGAGCGCUUCCUGGAAGCGGAGAGGAAAGGAAACGCAGACGUGAAGGUGGGAGUGGGCCAGUACAGCCGCAAGCAGCAUAUGGAACAUGAGCUGACCUCCAACCUCACCGUGCUGUCUACCCGCAUCGAAAAGGCCGCCUUCCAGAACGACGGCACUGAUGUGACAGGGGCCAUGCACUUCGCCUUGCAGCGCUUCCAGGGCCGCGGCGACGCAUCAGGGAGCAGAAGGAAGAAGCUGGUGCUGUUCUCUGACGGGCGGUCUCAGGGUGUCACCGGGCCUGUGUUGGAGGAGCAGGUGAAGCAGGUGGUAGAUGCCAAUGUAGAGCUCUUUGUCAUUGCCGUUGGCGGCCAGGUCAGCGAGGUCAACCUGCGCACCCUGGUGAGCAGAAAGCGGCCGGACGACAUCACCUAUGCCCAGCGUCACCUGUUCCGCGUCGCAGACUAUCCCUCUCUGCUCCGUGGUGUCUUCCACCAAACCGUCUCCCGCAGGGUGUCCCUGCCCUGAGUGCAGGGCCCCACAAAACAGGACAGGCUUUAAAUUUUUAGUCCCAUUAUGAAUAUUAAGUCUCACUCAUUUACCACACACUGUGUUCAAGAGCUUUUUUUUUGCUUUUUUUUUGUUUGUUUUUUUUUUAAGAAAAGAAAUGUUAGAUAACAAACCACUGAGUGUCACACCCACAACGUGGUCUUGAUGAUAAGUGAAGGGGCAGCUGUGGUCCUGUAGAGCCAUUGACAAUGGCUAUUUCAAUGCUUAUUUUUUUAUUGUCAGUCACAGAUUACUAUUGAAUUAGUUUCCACUUAGUCUCUGCUCUUCUGUGUCCUUAUAACCGUUUCACCCCAUCUGGAACUGUCAUCCCUCAGGGUUUAUUUGACAAAUGGGAUUCACUGAUCGAAAACAAAGGUGGAGCCAAGUUUGAGCUUAAGAAAGCUCUUGUCAAGCUAUGGUCUCUUGUCUCUUCAGGACCGGGGCUCCCCCAAUUUUAAGGAUGUUUUGAGGGUCUGACGCUGACCCGUUUAUUUUGUUAUUAGCUCAUUAAAUUGACAGGGAAAACAGGACGUCACAUCAGACAGGGCUUUUUAACAAAACCAUCAACACCUCAUCUGGUAUUAAUGGGUAUAGAACAGCUGGACCCCAGUGUGUGUGACUGUGUGUGAAUGCAUGUCUGCACAUAUGUGUGUACCUGUGUGCUCACAUCUGUACGUGUACUUGGCUCGCAGCUGUGUGUGCAUGUAAAUAUGGACAUGUGUGGAGGUGGUGUUUCAUGUAUAGCCUCGGGGCACUGUUCAAUAAACAGCUCUUUUUGCGUCAGGAGUUCAGAUAAUGUCCGAAAAGCUGUUCUUUGUCAUCUGUGCACCAGAGCUGCCUCUGUCAAACACACAUGCAGAAAUGUGCACACGUACACACAGACGGCAUAAAUCAAAUACAAAAACAUCCGUCAUGAAAGACUGUCCUGCCCGAUAUGGAAAAGAACCUGAGGGGAACCCAACUGUAAGCCCCUCUCUCUCACUCACACACACAUAUGCACUCAGCCCUCUUCUAUGGUUUCCACACAAAACUAUCAGCCUUUUCCAGCAGUGUCUCCCAGUCACUGUACUGUUAUUAUUUGUGGUGCUAUGUGGUACAUACCAUCAGUGUAUCAGCCUUUACUCAUGUCAAUAGGAAGAAGAUACUUUAAACGAGGAUAGACUUCCUCAUUAGUUUUGUAAGAGUUCCUUCAAUAAAGGUUGCUACACCCAAA